AUAUAAGAUACAUACAUGAAAUCACCACCACCACCACCACCACUAACAACAACAACAACAACAACAAAAAGGAAAUUUCUGAUCUAUAUGUAGGCGUUAAUGAAUAGAUUUACACAUGGAUAAAUGUAUGUUACUACACAUGUUAUAGAAAAUUUGGAACUCUUCUUCAAACUAACAUUUAUUUAUCAUUUUCUGUAUAAUAUGACCAUACUACUUAUUUCAUUGGAAAGAAAACUUCAAUAGUAUUGUCUAAACACUUUUUAAUCAUUCAUAUUAUAUGAAAUAAUGUCAUUAAAUUUUAAUAGGCUUUUUUUACAGGAUAUAGUAUGUAGAAGAGAAACUCCACAUUCAUUAGAUUUAAAUGAAGAAAAUGUGAAAAUCAAAGAAGAAUCCGAGUAUUCAGAAGGAGAUAAUGAUGAUGAUGAUGAUGAUGAUGGUGGCGAUGAUGAUAAUGAUGAAGACAAUGAAUCUGACGAUCAAUGUCGUAACGAUAAUGAUAAUGAUGAAUAUUCAAACUAUACUAAUGAAAACUAUAAAACAAUUAAUCCAAUCAAAUCAAAUGAAUAUUCACAACAAUUUAGACUUAUUACAGCAUUGAAUAAUCUACGAUUAGUUGUAGAUAAACAAGCUAAAUUACAAUCAUUACUUAAUGAUUAUAAACAUAAAGAUAAAAUACAAGAUUCUAAAUUAUUAUCAAAAUUAUUAACAGUUAAAGAUUAUAAUCAUACAUUGGAUGAUACUAAUAAUCAAACUAGUAAUCUCUUAGAGUCAACAACACCAACAACAACGACACCAACAACAGAUCAUAAAGAUGAUCUCAAACGGAAUGUUGAAUUGGAUAAUGAACAAAAAGAUGAAAUUACAAGUCUUACUAGUAAAACAAUUCAAUCUAAAAUGACGUGUAAAUCAUUGAAAAAACAUAAUACAACAGAUAUACCUAUAUCAUUAACGGAUAAAGAGAUUAUAGCAUUUCGAAGAAAUGAACGUUUAUCAAAAAGAAAAGAGAAAGUAACAGUACAAAUUCGUGUUGUAUUUUUAAAAAUUGGUGAAAUUGAUACACUGAAAGAAAUCUAUCACGCUGAUGCAUUUAUUCAAGCUAAAUGGAGAGAACCUCGUUUAGAUGGUAAAACAGAUGAAUGUCUUCGUAAAAUAGAUUUACAACGCUGUUGGAAUCCUCUAAUACUUAUUGAUAAUAUACUAAGUGAGUCUAAAGAACAACAUUGGAUCAUAACAGAAAGAAAUGAAAAUGAUGAAAUUUUCAUUGUUGAACGUCGUCGUUUGAGAGGGGUGUUUUUGGAGACAUUAGAAUUAAAUGAUUUUCCAUUGGAUGUUCAAGAUUUGACCAUAACUCUGACAUCCGAAAGACCAGAAUCGGAGGUUGAACUUAUACCCGAUAAAUAUGAACCCUGCAGAAUAAACCUACAAACACUUGUAGAUCAGCAGGAAUGGCGACUCCAUGAACAUAUUGAAGUAACAAGACGUUCAGCUACUCAAGAAUAUACGAAUUCUAGUCAAAGUCAUCCUUGUAUUUCUGUUACGUGUAGAGCAGCACGUAGGCCUGGUUAUUUCUACUGGAAUGUCUUCCUAAUUAUGUUUUUUAUCACAGGAUUAUCAUUUGCAACAUUUGCUGUACCACCGGAACGACCAGAAAAUCGACUUCAACUAUCUUUUACAUUAUUUCUAACUUCCGUUGCUUUCAAAUUUGUAAUUAAUCAAUCAUUACCGAAAAUCUCUUAUUUAACAUAUAUGGACAAAUAUGUAUUAAUGUCAUUGGCAAUAUUAUGUGUUGUUAGUGUAUGGCAUGCAGUAGUUACAUUAAUACCAAGUGAUGCAGAAUUUGAACAGCUUACUACAAAAAAUCUUUUAAAAACAACAAAUCCCCAAUUUUCGUUUAUGAAACGUUAUAAAGGAUUAACAUUUCCGCAUUCUUCUGCCGUCAACAUAACAUCUAGACAAAUAAAUGAUGCCAGUAUAGAUUAUCAUGUUGAUGUUAAAAAUAAUACAAGUUUAAUCCAGAUAGAAAAAUCUACAAAUGGUGAUAUCACUUCAAAUAAUGAUAAACAAAUUGUCGAUAGGCAAAAUGCACAGAAAUUAUCUCAACAAUUGAAUCAGCAAACAUGGAUAGCUUUAGCAUUACAAUCCAAAAGUCGCGAACAACAUAAACGUCGACUAAUGAUGAGAAUUGAAAGAGAUGUUUUCGUAUCAUUCUGCAUAUUAUAUGUAUUAGCUCAUUUGACAUUUAUAUUUUGGUUGUAUUUUGACGCAAGCAAACGUAGAAGAGAGAUGGUAGAACGAGAUCGAUUAUAUAAGAAAUCUAUGCAAGCAUCAAAGGUUUUAUAAAAUUCAAAAGUUGCCAUAAUGAUCACUGAGCAACACAUCCAUAAACAAAUCAUUAUAAGAAGGAAAAAAUAUAUAAUUAGAAUGACAAACAAAUAAACAUUUUCCAUCGAAUAAUCUUUGCAUUUUCCAUUCAUCUAUCUAUUUGAUUCAAUUGAUUGAAAUGUAUAUCUUGGUUAUCAAUAUCUUAUUAUUAUUAUUACCAAUCUAUCAAUCAACAGUGUUGAUCCGUUUUGAGAUAAUAAUCUUUUCUUUGUAAAGAAACAAAAAAAGAAAGAAAUAACUCAUUGUAUGAAUAAAUUUAAUUAUUCUGUAAAAUUUUUGUGAUUUGGAUACUUUAUUAAAAAAAUUGAUUAAUAAGCAUAAAUGUAGUCACAGU